UGAGGAAAGAGCUACCUUUGGGAAACACUGGAAAUAAAGAUAAUAAAUAAAAGAUAAAAAUAAUAAAAAAAUUAAUAAAUAAUAAAAAGGUAAAAAGAAAGACUAAAAUCUGAUAAAACAAGAAAAUACUAUUAAAUGAACAAAUAAGUAAGAGCUCUUCACCAUAUAAAAGUUCUAAUACAUGAAUUAAGAAAAGGACUAAGAACAGAGAUAAUGAAUAAAAUGACAUAAAAAUUAAGAACUUUGAUUAAAAUGAACAUUUGCAGUAAGAGAAAUAUAAAAAGACAAUCAGUGAAAAGCCUGGUUAAAAAGGUGAGUCUUAAGCCUCUUCUCAUAAGAUUCUUUAACAUAAUUUUCCGUACACAAUAACCAUGUAGAAAUAACAGGACAGUGAUAUCGCCUUGAUAUUAACUGAAGUGUGAUUAACAUUUGCUGUUUAAUUCCAUUGAUAAAGUUUGGAGCACAUAUCUAACAUGAAAACAACUAUAAGACGUGGUUUCUUGGCGUGUUUUAUGAGGAUUUUGCAAGAUUACACAUUGGAACAUGUCACGCCUUUGCAGGUAUGUGGAUUUUAGUCCUAAAUUGUUGGCUGAACAUGCAUGGAUGCUGAGAUAUGAAGGCGUUUGUUCCCCUCUAGUCUCUGGUGGAGUCGGAAUCUGCCGCGCUUUACUAGCUUCGGGGAUAUUUCAGCAGCAUUAAACAACUUUACCUCUGUGGGUUAUAGGUUUUUUUGGUAUAACAUAAGUGUCGUUUUGUCUCUAACUGCUGCCAGUCGAGCUGCCAGUAUACUGAUGUAUGGUGUUAGCAAGUGUUAGCCAUUAGCCCUGCUAGCGCUUAUAUUAAACCCCACAUCAGACUGACCGAGCAGAUAGUCCAGGGACGUCACGCCGGUUGAAACCAACAGCUGUCCGUUUUGAACCGACGGUCUGGUACCGGAGAUAGAGAUUAGUUUGCUCCUGGUUUUCUUCUGGAAACUCGUAACCGCAGGUUUACUCACACCGCUCUUGGAGGCCGCCAUAUUGUUCAUAACGUAGUGACGCCUUUUAAAUGUUUUGAGACGUGCUGUCCAAUGAAAGACGCUCUUGUUGGCGGUGGACCAAUGACAGCAGCGGUUGUUGGUGGACUUCGAGUGACUCGUGGAGGCUGUCAAAAAGAAACCGUUGACUGUCUCAGACAGUGGGUAAGUAAAGCUUUGUCGAUUACCACAAGAGUUCUUUGCUGUAUCUGUGUCCCGUUAACAUAGGCAUGCGUAUGUGUGCGUUUAGCAGGUGUGCCAUGUUGAAAAAAAUCGUGCAAAGUCAGGCUCUUUGCCGUUUUGACCUUGCUGGUUCAGAACAUUUCAGGCCAGAGUAUCAAUAACAAAAGCAGCUCCUUUCUGUAUGAUAGAAACCCGGACUUUAUUUUUACAGUCAGCAUGAGGUUACGUACAGUUGAAUCUUUGUAAGUACGUCCCACAGAGAAAUACUCGAUGCACAAUUAUGUGGUGAGGCUUGUGGUAUAUAACAUACUAGGAUACUAUCCAUGCAGAAGGACGAAGAUCAUAUUGAAUUGUGACCUCAUGAUGCAUAUAGUCAUAAAGGAUCAGUCCAGUUAAUUUAAUUAGCCUCAGAGCAUUAAGGGUCGCUUAGCGUGUCACUGCAUUUUCCAGAUGUUUUUGACACUGUUCAGCAUCAGUGCUUUCACUUUUCACUGACACAACAGCAUUACAUGAGCUGCUGUUGUUGUUGUUGUUUUAAUGUUGCUGCUGUCCCCUGUCACUCUCUCUCUCACCCUCGUUCUCUCCUUACCUAUAUCUUGUUCUCUUUCCCUCCCCCUCCCCCUGCCCUCUCCCACUCCUCUCGCUCUCUCUUUCUCUCCCCUUAUCUCUCUGUAUUCCUCCCCAACCCAGCAGCGGCCUGGUGGCUGGCAUAAAUCUGGUCCUGCUCAAGGUUUCUGCCUGUUAAAAUGAAGUUUUUCUUGCCACUGUCACUCAUGUUAGAUGAGAUGGGCCAAAUCCCAUUUUAGGUUGGGUCUUGUUAAUUCAUCGAACAGUGAGCGUGGUUUAGAACUGCUCUUUUUCUUUGGAAAGUGUCUUGGGAUGACGACUGUUGUGAUUUGGCCCUAUAUAAAUAAAAUUUGAUUGAUUGAUUGAUUGACUCCAUUUUAAGUGAAUUUGUCUUAUUUGUGUUCGAAAAUAUAACUCCAUUUAAUAUAAACUAUAAUGACCUGCCAGGUCUUACCAUUAAUAAUGUUUCAAGAUAUUUUGAACCAGUUUCCUUGAGCAGUCUCUUGAAAUAGGUAUAACAUAUUUUUAAAGAAACUCGUCAAGAACCUGAACACAGCUGUUUUACAGAUUUUCUGUAGUGUUGAGCUGUUUCAUUAUAAUUGCAUCAUGAUGUAGUCCAUGAUCCACACAACAUGAUUACCUUGUCAUACACAUUGUUAGCUGCUUAAGGGGAAGACGGAGCUAAAAUAAAAAUCCUUUCUGUGUAGAGCUACUGUGGAUGAUGUUCUGUAGCCUAUUUGUUUCUUUGGAUUAUUUCAAACUGAGAAACAAACACAUCAGAUUUAAUAGUUAGUGUAAUGGGCUAAAGUCAAUUCUACUUCUACAUCAUAGACCCAAAAAGAUUAUCUGUGCACUACAGGUAGAAAAACACAUCGGUGUGGCAUUCAAAGUAGACCUGAAACACUUUCCCAAAUACUUCCACAAAGAACGAUGCUUUGGUUGGAGUUUGUGAAAAUUAGCUGGAUUAUGUGGCAGAGCCAACCUUAUCAGGCUGCUGCUGCUCUAGUUUCAGUUCUCCUGCUGGUUUCUCAAUAAAGAGGCAGAGAUGACUUGUACCUCAUGCAAUCAUACUUAAAACAAACAAACACAUAGAUAAAUAAAUAUGAUCCCAUUAAAAUUAGACAUUAGCUACAACUGCUAAAUAAUUCCUGCAGGAAGCCUACCACUAACAGAGGGUUUACACUUCUAAAUUGAUCCACCCAGAUUGGAGAAGUGGCAGACAAAAAUAUUGAGUGUUAAGUGACCUGGCAGAGUGAUAUAUGAGGAAAAAACUCAACAUCAGACUCAGAUUAUUCUCAAAAUAACUGACUACAUUGAAUUGGCUCUGUAUGUUGAAGUGACCAGCAUCUAAACCGAUGAAAAUAAAAUACCCUCAAACUCGGGAGGUUCAGCUCAAAUGGAAUCAGUUUUCGCACUCUGGUCCUUUUUCAGAGACACAUUUGUAUUAAGAGUACAUGUGCCAAUAAUACAAUAAAUGGUGAAUAAAUUCUAAACGCUGCCUUCGUUACAAGCUGAUCAAAAGGUAAUUUGCGCACAAAGUCUUUGUAACAAUAUCUAAAACCCUUAUUUUUUACAAGUUAUCUGUGAUAUUCUAAGGAACACUUGCCUUUUACUGCACUUUAAAUAUUCUCAGUGAGAAGGGUAAUCCGCUCACAGGGUAAAGGUUGGUGUCUUUUGGAUUGUCUUAUGUCCACUCUUAACAGUGGCUGACUGAUGAGUGAUCAGUGUAAUCCUUGAGACAGCUGUAAAAAAGCUUUGUGAGGCAGAGAGAGGCCAGAGGCAGCACAGGAUCACAGGAUACUGUAAGGCUCCAGAGGAAGCAAUAGCCCAACUGCUCACUUUACAAAUGCUCUCAGCAGAGGCAGACCCGCUGUUUUGACAGCACCGUUGAGAUUUAUAUGUGCUGACAGGAGACCAAGGGAAUAUAUCAUGACUGACAACACUGAGCAUUGUGGUAAGCCUAUACCAGACAAAUAAGAUGCGCUGACUGACCUGCAUCUCUGCUUUGGCUGUGUAUGUGCAGGUUGCAGGAACACAAUGCUGUGGAAACUUUCUGCACAGCGCCAGUCACCUUAUUUUCAUUCUCUAUCAAUCCUGAUUUAACCUCUGCAGCACAAUUCAGUCUGUGGUGGUGUAAACACAGCGGCUCGAUUCUGCAAAAAUAACACAGUUAGCCCUCUUUUUCACUGUGUCAUAUAUGCAUGUGUGUAUUUUUCUGCUGUGUUUUGGUCACCUUUAUCAGCCGCAGUAUCUGAUUGAGCCAUAUAAUGGCAGCAGUCAUAACAUGUCAGACCUUUCCUGGACAGACUGUUUUGGUUCCUUUAGUGUAAGUCUGCAAACGGGGUAAAACUGCAAGAAGCAGUGGACUUUUUGUGUCCGGGGGAUGCCAGAUUAUCAUCAACAUGUGCUGUAUUUGUUUUGUUAGCGUUGGAGGUAAGGUAAUAGUCCAAGGGCAGGAGUACAAUAAACAUAUGAUGGGUUUUGUAAACAAUAAAACUGUAAAGGGACUUUUCUAUUUAUUCAGCAUCCUAUUCAGCAAAUAGCUUUGUUCUUAUUUCCUGAAAUUUUCUGCAGGUGUUGCAUGAAAUACAGCAGAACAUAUUAAGCCUGACCUACAGGAAAACUGAAAAUAGACCUUGAAAAGUUUUGCUGUUAGGUCGAGGUGUCUGUCAUUGGCUUGAGUUAAAGUCUAACAGGCUUUGUCAUGAGCAGGUCACCGCAGAACACAAACUCCUUUGUGAAUCUGAUAUAACACCAGAUAAGGUCUCUCUAUUCUCUCAGCACCAGCCCAGCACCACACUUUCACUUGUGGUCAAUACAAUAAGGCUUAGCGGCUGAUUUUUCCAUUCUAUAUAAUUGGCUGGGGACUCUGUCAGCCCACACUUCCUUUCAAUUCAUAGCAGUUGUAUUCAUAUCACUUGGCUAUUAUUUGCUCUGACUGACCCAUUGAUUGCAGGUUUAAACCCUCAGCUCCUCAAAUAGUAACCUCGCUCAGCUGUUUCACGGCUGUGUUGCCAUUAGCAACAAUGAAAAGAGCAAUAUGGAGAUCAGUCGCUUAAAUUAAGCCCCUGAUAAAGAGCAGACCAAGAAGAGAUGGGGGCGAGACAUUGCACUCUGGUGACCAGGACUUCUACAUCUGUCACUCUCCAUCCAGCCAGGUGUCUGUGUCUAGAUCAGCAGGAUUAACUCUGAUUGGUCUGAUAGUUCAAACAGACCCCCCCUGAAUGCUGGGCCUCCUCCUUUUUUAUCGCUCACAUUAAGAUCAAAUCAAGAUCUGCACAACAGGACUACAGCCCCACCUUCCUCUGCCUUCUGCUGCCCAGAGGAAGACAUCAGAGGUGGGAUUGGUCCCUGCUCCUCCAGACUCCCUUCCAUCUGGGAUCCUCAGGGAGACGAGGAAUAUCUGACAAGGGGCUUGUAAGCCUCUUAGCCCCCCUGUUGCCCAGCUCUCUCUCAGCCCAUGUUUUCCUAAUUUAGUUGUGUAAGGAGUCCACUGAAGGCCCUCAGACGCUGUUUGGAUUGAGAUUCUCUUUGUGCUUCUAAUAGACUGGCCGUGUAUAUCAAUUAACACUACUCAGCCAAUGGCAGGCUCAAAUCUCUGGAGGCCAGAAGAGGUUAUUCCUUUUGAAUAUUUCCAUAUGGCUUCAAUAAUGUGUCUAUAAUAAAUAUUAAUUUAGACACGCUGUUCUUGAUACCACUUUGACUUCAUUCAUUACCAGUUCUUUCUCCUUUUUUUGUAUAUAAACUGAGUUUCUACCACAAUAUUAUUAUUUUUUCUUUCAGGAAAUUCAACAAACCUGGCAAGAUAAUGCCACAGGGGAAAAAAAAAAAAAAAAAAAUAUAUAUAAAAAAAAAACACACACACAUAUAGAUAUAUACACACACACACACACACACACACACACACAACUCUCUUGUAAUAGAAUUGAAUUAAAAUUUCCCUUACGAUAAACUUUUAAGCUAUUGUCUGCCAAUACUAUGCCAAUGAUAUUGUGCAUCCUAACAUUAUUUUUUCUUAAAAACAACCUAUUCAGAGAAAUAGUAACAAAAUCUUGUGGAGACUGUACAUUUUCUUGCAGGCGUGUCUGAAAAAAAAAAAAAUAUAUAUAUAUAUAUACAUAUAUAUAUAUAUAUUUGAGAAGCCACUCAGUUGAAGGUGACAUACUCUACAUGCACAUUUAAUUCUCGCAGUGCCCCAGUUUUUACACAUUAUAGUGCCCUUUUCAGUGGAGGUCAGCCCAUUGCUGAUACAUGAUGCCAAUAUCACACUGUAAUUGAUUUUUGGCAUUUAAUAGGAUAUAGUCAAUAGUUAUAUGAACAACAAUCAUUCCAUGCACAUUACAAUAUGUAAUACCUGGAUAUUUUGGACUGAAACAUAUAUUUUAGAGGGAUUUUGAAUUGACUCAUGAUAGAGUAAAACACAGUUUUUAUGCUUUUGAUUUCAGAACAUGACACACAUUAGAGUUAAUAUUAAACAACGCUAUGAAUAUGAUUUAUAUGGAGCCAGACUUGGUUAUUGUUUUAGACUUGAUAUGCUGUCAUUUAGGAUGGAAAAACGUGUUAUCAUUAUGAAGAUGUUGGCGUUGCUCAUCAGCAGCUACACUAAGGCAGUAGCCUGCAGUGAAGUUAAUUAGCCAGACUAUUUUAGCUGGACCGAUCUGUUGGUCUGUCCCUGGUCAAGGCACUGUUUUUUGGUGUAAAGGUGUUGCACAGUGAAGAUCCUUUUUCAGCUGAGGAAACACAAUGAUACACAUCAGUGCUACUGCUGCAUUUUAUUCUCAUGGUUUGCACUACCAAAGAAAAAAAAAAAACAGAUUUAUUUUCUUUCAUCUACUUGUGAUGGCUCUGCCCUGAGUGAGCGACUCUCUCCCAGUAAGAGGAUCACAGAGUUAAACACACAAAGCUGAGUUUCCACCGGCAGCUAUUCAUUUGUGAUCCCCCUCUUUUCCUCACUGUAGCGCUGCGCUGUGACGGCAGGAGGCCGGUGACCACAGAUGGUUCUGCAGAGAGGGCUGCGCUGACUUUCUUUGUUUUCCCAUGGACAUGUUUGGCGUGUAAUCCUGGAUUAACAGAGAGACUUUGUGUUAAUUUACAGCUGUAAUACAGCAUUCAAUUAAUGCUGAUACACACACAAACACACACAUGCACACACAUGCACUUAGUAUUAGAGGCCAGAGAAAAUGUGUUGCCUGACUCUUUGCUCAGGGGAAUUGGAGGUAAUAGAGAUACAAUCAGAGGUCUUUGGGGAUGUCCACCUCAUUCUGAAUCCCAGAGGAGUCACUGCAGCUUAUGUAUACACUCUGUAUGAAACACAUAGGUAAUGCUAUUGUGUGUGCACAUUCACACCACAUGUGCACACACACUAUCAAUGACAGAGGGUGCCUCAGAAAACCAGGCGGCUGCAUAUGGACUCUCUUGAUAUCAGUCACUGGCUGUGUGAUCUUGUUAUGCAAAGUCCCUUAAUCCCUACCUAUGAUGAAUGCACGCUGGAAUGGAGGAGGAGGGAGGCUGAGACAGAGAUAUGAGGGCAGCUGUAAGAGAGGCUGUCCACUGUGCUCAGAGAAUGAGUGCUUGCAAAGACUCCUGAUCCCCCCCUCCCAGCCUGACAGAAGGACGAGAAGAUGUGAGCUCACGUCUGAGAGUGCAUUACAGUACAGCAAAGGCAGAGAUGCUGGUGGAGGAGCUGAACAUGCCGCCUUAGCACAGACCUGAGAUUCACAUUAACCUUUAGACUCCUUGCUUCCCAACAGAGGAAUUAGAGGGCCAGAGGUGUUAUUGUAGCAGCUGUAGGAGGACUGAGUUUAUGGAGACACAGAGCAGGCUGUGAUUGGAGGGGGGCACCUCAUUUGGGCCCUGUGCUGAGCUCAUAUGUAUGUCCCUUUCACCUGCUUGCGCACCGUCUUUCACAGUGGUGGCGGAAAGCAGAGGGUUGCCAGGGGUGAUCAGGAAACAGAGGGAAGAUCGAGGUAGCAGCACACAGGAGGUAAAAGGAUAGAGUUGGUCUCUUUUGGAUCAGAGAUGGUGGCGAAUGGGCCAAAGACACAAGCCGGGGAAGGGAUGAAAGAAGACAUAGAGGGGUUAGUAGGUGGAAUAUAGUUGGCAUGAAGGAGAGAGAGCAUUGUGUGCAUGUGUGUUUGUGAGAAGAGUGGAGGGGGGUAAUGGGAUUAGGGGUAACACCUUUGGCAGGACUGGGAGAGCCACCUGACACCCGGUCUGUUGGGGACCUGGGGAGAUGAGGGGGGGCAGUGGUGGGGGUGGUGGUGGGGCAAAGGGAGAAAUUGGGGGUCUAAUCCGUGUCCAUCUUUGGGAAGUCAUUCCCAGAGCUCUGAGGAUUUGGGGCUUUGGUUUCCGCUCUGCUUGCUUUGGUUAAUAAUACCCUGGGAGGGAGAGAAGACAUGGAGAGAGAAAGAGGGGAAAAGACAGAAGGAACCAGGGGGGACUGAGAAAGAGAUUUCUUUACCCUGUGGUGGACUGGCAGGACAGUGGGCUGAGAUAAAAAUGUCUCAAGUGCAGCCUGACCUCUUCGCCAAGCUUUGUGUGGAUAUGAUCACAUUAUUUCCAUUUCUUAUUCUGUUCCCAAUUUUAGCAUAGAUUUAGUCUAACAAUCUCAGUCCAAUUGGUAGAAUUGUGCUCAUAAAAUCAAGAAGACGCUCAGUAAGCAGUUGAAUCUGAGCACAAGUUCAGUAAAACAAAUAACACAAGAUUACAGACUCUGCAGGUUAACAGAACUUUAAUUUGAGACUGUCUCUGUGUCAAAAACAUAAGGUCAGGUAUGUGGUCAAUUACUUCAGCUUUGAACUUUGACCUUCUGCCAGACUUGUAUGGUCACCUAGGACUGGACGAUAAACGAAAAAUUUACCGUUACCGAAAUUUACGACAAUAACUGACAUCAUUUUGUCCAUGUCGAUAUAUUUGAUAUCAAAAAAUUCAAUAAAUAAAAGUUGGUUUUGGAUGCGUGUAGGUAGGCUAUGGUCUCAUGUCCCUUUAAGAUGCUGUCCUACAUCAGAGACGUGACCCCACCCCAUCCAGUCGGUAACAAAGAGGGAAAGACAGGUGAGGAGAUGGAGGACAGUUCAAAAGUUGGAGCGGCUGGAGCACGGCUGAAGUAGACAUAGUUAAUGUGUGAGGGGGUGAGCAGCUUGUAGGGUAGUUAUCGUCCAUUUAUCGUCAUUGAGGUGUACUGCUCAAUAUAUCGUGAUAUUGAUUUGAGGCCAUAUCGCCCAGCCUUAUGGUCACCUGAAGUAAGAAAAAAGAAAUGACUGUGAACACUUUUUAGUGCACAGUUUAAAUUCAAAGAUCACAAACAUACACACUACGUGCAAACCUUUGUGAGCUUAAAAAUGUGAUCAUUUUCUUUCUGUUUUCUUGUCUCUGUGUGCUCUGGUCUUUAUCUUUGUUGAAGUCCUUCAUUUUAUUGCAAACUGAUCUCAUUGUUUAUUUUUAAUAUUUAUAGUAUAUUAUACUCAAUACUCUUUCAUUUCUCCCAUCAUUGAAUUUCCCUUCGGGGAUUAAUACAGUUAUUCUUAUUCUUAUUAUGGAAGCCUAACCAGGGACAGGGGUUGCAAUUAAAAGCGCACAUCUUCAACAAUAAUUUCCAUAGACUUUAGAGGGAUCCACCAUGAAUAAGCAUACCAAUUAUAUGAGAGACUUACUGCUAGAAAGCCAAUAACAGAUGGAUUUUGUAUUAACUUGUAAAAUAUAGAAAUGCAUUGAGUUAUGUGAUAGAUUUCAGAACAUACCAUGUUUCUCUGACAUUUCAACAUGUGUCAGAGGCAAUGAAACACUAUUUUUCUAUACACCAUGACAGAAUACGCAUGAAACACUGAUCUGUAACUAUCAGAUCAGAACUAUCAGAUAUGCUGUCAUUUAGGGAGGCUUUUCUGUUAAUUAUCAUAAUACACGGUAUAAUGGUGGGUAUUUUUUUUAAGGUUGGGUUAGACUUUCCUGUCACUUUGUUGUCAUUGUAGUCAUUAUAUAAUAACAGUGUGUUCAACAGGCCACUGUUUAGGCCAGUGAAUAGGAACUGAUUUCUUGUCAACCAAGUAAAUGUGUGGAGUAGGAGAGGCAUGGUUAACAAAACAACUUUAUCUCUACUUCUCUGAAGCUACAGUUUGUAUCUGUUUGUGUAAACAUGUUUGAGUGCAGGUGUGCACGUGCUCGCACAGUGCAUGACACUCUGUAAAGAUUGACUCACUUUCUUCUGUCUAUCCAACAGGUUGCAGCUUGAGUAAAAGUCAAUAACCUGAGUGUGGCUUGGUUGUUUGCUCUGAAGACACACAGAUAGUCCGUGUGUGUGUUUGUGUGGCUGAGUGUUCACAGGGCAGGUGGGUGGGUGUGAGAAGGGUGUAUGGGGUGUCUUUGUGUUUCCAUGGUGCUGACAGAAGUUGAUAACAGCUCUAAUGACUGCGGUGGCGGUGGAGGCAGCACACUGUCAGAGGCUGGCUUCAGUAGGUGCAGAGCUGCUUGGCUGGAUAUGUCACAGUUUCUGUGUUUGUCCAUCACCUAAACGCAAGGUGUUGAUUGGUACAUCCUACAAAGGGUUAAAGGUCAGGGCAGUUUUCAGCUGUGAACUGGCCGCUCGGCCCCUGAGAAUGAAACACCAGAGAAAGUGACAUCUUAGCAGUAGGCCAACUGUGACAACCUUGUCCUCACUUUUAGAAAUUAAACCCUGCACAGCUUUUGUUUUAGGAGCCCUCUGAGGGACUUAAGCCUACCAUAAAUGGAUCAGACUGUGAAGGAGGCAUGACAUAACUAUGCAUUCUGACAUUAUACCAUAACCUGCAGUGUAUUUGUGUAUUACUGUUGCAGGUGGAGAUGUUCCGCCGUGUGCUGGGGAAGACUCUGGGGUUUGUGGGCUACACUGUCCAGUAUGGCUGCAUUGCACACUGUGCCUUUGAAUACAUUGGAGAAGUUGUUGUGGUUUGUAUUUUUAUAUUAUUAUUUUUAAAGAGGGAUGAUCAUUUUUUAUCUUUCAAAAAAGUGGUCUUUAACUUCACAUUGUUUCUGUUUUGUUACAGUGUUCUGGUCCAUCGAUGGAACCCACCAUCGUCAACCAUGAUAUCGUUUUCUCUGAGCGUAUGAGUCGCCAUCUUUGCAAAAUAGAAAAGUAGGUUCUGGACAUUGGAUUCAUAUACAAACAAAUAAAAGCAAAACAAACAUUACAAUUACAUUCUUUCAUUCUCUUAGAUAAAGAUAGAUGGUCAUCUGCUUGCCUUCUCUUUAUUUAACAAUAAAUGAUUAAAUAAAAAGUUGCAUGUGGAAUGGUUUCUGAAGAGAAACACCAUAAGUAAAUGUGAUAUCUUUUUACUUUCAGCUUACAAAUAUAUAAAUGUCUUUAAUCUUCUCCACAGGGGUGAUAUAGUUAUUGCCAAGAGUCCAUUUGACCCAAACAUGAACAUUUGUAAAAGGGUGAUUGGACUGGAAGGUGACAAGAUCUGCACAAGUGCCCCAUCAGAUCUUUUCAAGAGCCACACAUAUGUGAGUAUGUUCCCUGCACACUAUUUCUCUAACACAUCAUGGGAUUACGUGCUUUACGAAAAUUUCACUGGCCCUUUUUUUCUUACAUAUGAUCAGAAAUCAUGAACCCUUUAGGAUGAAAAAAGUGGAAAAGUUGCAGGUGAAGAAAGAAUAAAUACAGAAAGCUUUUACCCCCAAAACACUCGAUAGUUUGAGGGAAUCUCUGUGCAUAAUGCUAAACUGGCCCUGAGUUUUUGUUUUUCUUUGUGUGUGUGCGCUUCCGUCUAUACACCAUUACAGUUGUUUACAUUUUAGACCGCACACUUCCAUUUUGUGUCAUUGGUCAAAAUAUCAGCUUUUGACAACACCUAUAUUUCCUCAGAACAGUGAUAAAACCAGAGAGUGAGCAGGGGUUCUGCUGCUGAAACCACUGUCAUUGCUUUUCUAUUACUACUCUCCCCAACGCCCACAGCCCAGGCCUGCAAUCUCUCUGAAGCCUGUUAGAGUUAGUGCCAGCCGAGUGGACACACUGAUGGGUGGGCGGAGGUGUGCGUGUGUGUGUGUGUGUGUGUGUCUCUGAGUGUGUAUGUAUGUGUGUGCAUAUGUCUGCGAAGCAAAGGUUGCGUUUAAGUUGCAUGUUUUUAAAUUUAUUGUGUAUUCUACAGACUGUGGGCAGACUGUCGAAUGAGUUCAGGGAUACAUAACAUAAGGUCGAGCCUCUAAGUGUCAUUCAACAAAUCAAAUGGGAAAUAAAGAGCUUUCCUCCUCUGCCGGCUUCACCUACACAUGCACAGGACUGAAGCUGCGAUGGUGACAUCACUCUGUUGUGAGAUUUGAUCCCGGUACGAACUGACUGAUGUUCAGCUUAAGGCAGUAUAAACCUGCAACUCUUCGCACAGUUUGGCUCGUCCAUUCAGUUCACUGACUUCAAAUUCCUUUUGUAUUUCCCUUCACUUUCAUCCACUCAAUAUUUUACAGCCUUCCAAACCAACCAAUUGAUGAUCAGUUUUGAACGAUUUGUAAGUCAGAAUGAAGUUUAAUGAUAAUGCUGUCAUCAAAACUCAAGUUACAAAGUUUUGUAAAGCACAAAAGCCUGACUAUAAAAUCCGCGAAAAUGUGUGAAUUAAACUGUUAAACACACCAAAUAACAGGUACACUUGUUGUACAAUUGUGUCUGAAAAACUAAAAAAAUAACUCACAAAAAUACAUUUUAACACUGGGGAUGAAACACAAAAUAUGCAUUAUGUGUCUUUCACCAUGAAGAAACCAGAACCACCCAGAAGUACAGGAGAAGUCUUUUUUCUUGUUUUGCAAAAUGAUGCAACUUGCAAAAGCUGCAAAAGUCUUUUUCGAAAAGUCUUUUAAGCAAAUCUGAAUAUUUCAAAGGAGGUAUUUUAUGUAUUUUGGAAUAAUUAAGCAAACAACGCUUUUCAAUACAACAUAUUAAGAUGUUCAUUUCUGGGCAGUCACUCUAGCUCUUAUUUAUUUUUAGUAGAACCAAAUGUUUUUAAGUACUUCUCUGUGUUUUUCAUAUAUGCUGCUUUAUGACACUUUACUUAGUUGAAACGAUGUAAUAUAUUUGAUUAACCCAACAAUAUUUGAAUAGCCCACUUUGUUUAUAGUUAACUUUUGGUAUUUUGGUAUUAAUUCAGAGAGGUCAGGACAGUGGAUAGGGCAGAAAGUCAAACUGGGUCACCUGCGGUGAGGACCAGCCUUUGUACUUGGGGAGCGUUAAGUUUAACCUUAAGACCAGCUAGCAUCCUUAUUGAGCAUAUUUUGUUCCUGUAUGUUUACGAAGACAUUGAGAUUCAUUUUCAAACAUAAUAGUACAAUGAAUCAGAGAUAGGGAACUAUAAUCCCCACAUGAACUCAGUACACACUUUCAUCAUUUUUACAACACAUUUUCCAAUUUGUUUGUGGUGGUUGACAGGCAAUGGACUUGUUCUGCUGGUAUGAGAAUGAAAAAUAAAAAAUUCUAAGAUCACAAAUUUUCCCACUUUUGGGCUUUAUUCAUUUCUUUGGUGGCAUCUUGUUGUCUGCUACUGCCUGCUGACUGUGACAUCUGCACAGAUAGAGGCUUUAUAAGAUAGCACACAGUGGCUGAUGAAGGUACCUUGACCUGGAAAUGGUAAAUCUUGAAUCUUAAAUUGAAGCCAGUAUCAAAGCAAAUUGAGCUCAGGGUUCAUGUUCGGAGCAGGAUGUGGCUGGAUGUUUUGACAUAUAAAGGUCUUAGUCGGAAGCUUGUAUACAUUCGUUGUUUUUCUGGUUGUCUCUACAAUGAAGCUGCAAAUCUUCAAUCUCACUGAAAUGCACAAUGGGAUAUGAACUGUUAAUUUUCAGCUGUGUUUGGUCAGUGAAUCUGUGUUCACUCUCAUACAAGAGUGGACACAAGCUUGAGUUUUAGGCAAAGUUGUCAUCUGGAUCUUUGUAAAAAGUCAAGUACUAUACAAAGUUAGAGUAUCUGUAAAAAAAAAAAAAAACUGCUUGCUUCUUUGGACAGCUUCCACUGAAAUGCAGAUAUCACAGGGUGAUACCACCGCAGUAAUGGUGGUUCGUUCACUUCUGAUAUAUUGUGGGAUUUUUCCAGCCAUAAGUGAGUGUGUGUUUUGUUGUCUUCUUGAAAAUGUAUGCGUUUCUACAUGAGUGUAUCUAUACAACUUUGCUCUUUUGAAGUAUAACUGUCACCAGAUUCACAACCACAGUAGGUAAAAGCUUAUUAACUUUCAUGAAACCAAGCUUUCCCAUGGUGAUAUUUAAAAUCCCAGGAGUAAAAUCGCUGAAUAAGUGAGAAAAUUCCUGCUGUUCAUUUAACUGUCUGGCCUCUCUCAGGGAGUGAAGUUUCCCCAGAGGCUGUGUAUGUGUUUGUGUGUGACUGUUAGGACGGUGUGAGGCAUUAUGGGUGGACCUGUAAGGACAAAUUUUUGAAGGCGGUGUUAGACCCUGUCAUCACCUCCUGUUUUUUGCUGUGACAGACAGGCAGGUCCUCUCCUCCCUCAGAGCUUCAACGGCAGACUAAUUGCCCUGUCACCUUUUAGGAAUCAUUUCUGUGUCUGAGCUAUUGUGUCAAAACAAUGACACUUGAUCCCUAAUAUUACCACAAAGAGAGCCAGAGAGGGUGACAGACAGACAGACAGACAGACAGAGAUGAAAUUCCCCCAUAGGUUCUUUUCUUUGUGGUAAACACAGAGUAAUAUAGAGGAAGGUGAGCAGUGCUGUAUGUAUUUAAAGCUGAACAUAAUUCACCACCUCAAUCAUGUUAACAUAAUGAGCACUGUAAUAGUGCGGCUGUUAAACAGCACACCUCCACGGCGAGGAGAGCUCCAGUUUCAGCGCUCCUCGACACGUCUCUGACAGGUACACAAUGCCUCUCAUCUACGCAGCCUACCAGCUCAGGACGGGUGCAAUCUCUGCCAUCCAUCAAAGUGACUCUGCAUUGAAAUACUACAUCUCUAUGUUAGGCCUGCAUGGACCUCUGGAAGUCUGUGUGGUUGGAAACAUCAUCUGCUGGUGACAGUUUUACCUGCUCCAGUGUCACAGUCACAGCUUGAUAUCAUCCGUGUGUGCUAAAAUAGCUAAGACUCCUGCACUCUCCACGCUACAGAGGACCACUUAUGUGCAUACAACGAAAUCAAGUCCACUUUUACACUUUUUAGAGGAGCUUAAAGGGAUAUUUUAGUAUGUGUGGAGUUUUGUUGUAUGAGUGGCAUGUCUCUGCCAAGUGUACUGGCCACCAGGGAUGCCAGUCAGCUCGCCUUCUUCACCAAGAAACAGCUGGUUGAAAAAAGAUGCUAGCUGGGCCACAGUUUUCUGCAAACAGGGCCGCCUCUGUCAUGCAAUGUAGCUAAUUCUGAGAGAUUCUGGCCUAAACUCUUUUCUCAGUUUAAGUGCACACUCUAUCCAGAAAUAUUUAAGCACUUUACUUUAACAUUAGGAAGCAAAUUCAAUUUGGCACUAUUUGUGGAUGCAGUAGUCAAAGAUGUGCUCCUCUGCCUGCAGCACCCUGAUCAGCUGUUGGGUCAAAAAUUCAACCGAACUCAGUGAUUUGUUCAUAAACACGAUUGGCUGAUCCGACUGCAUGUGUCUAUGUUGUGUCUGCAAAUAAUGCAAAAACAAAAGGGGCUUUCUGAUGGCAAAGUGAAGAGCUGAAAAAUUCUGUGCAGAGCGAAUACAUAAAGUGAGAUAAGUGUUCGAGUAGGAGUUUAUCAAAAUUUGCUAAAUUAAAAACUAUAGCCUAGCUUCACUGAGUGGAAGUUACUCAUUUAAGAGUUGGAGCUGACUGACAUCAAGUGUGCCUAGUACACUGACCAGUUGCAUGUAACUCAUACAACUUCACUUUAAAAAUACUGGAAUAUCCCUUGAAAGCGGCAGUUAUACUUUGAAAGCAGAGUCACAGAGGAUGCAUCGUCUGAUUACACUUCUACUUUGCAUCAAAUUGUUUUGAAUCCAAAGCUUUUCUGUACACUCGGUUAUUUUCCUUGUUCACACACCUGCCUGAGACUUGCAAACUGAUAUGCAUGAGCUUUGUCCUCUCUCUGGCCAUCACACAGCAGGUCAGGUUUCAGAGCUCUUCACUUUCUCACUUCUCUCUAAGUCUUCCUGGUUGAUCCUUUGAAUUACUCUUCUCUUUUUAACCCACGUUUGGCUCUGAGGUUGUCCUUUCAUAAAAAGGUGCUUUCUGCAGCUCUUGGGGAUUAGAUUGAUAAGAAAUAAUAUAUAGUUUGGUUGUAAAAAUAGGUUUUUCUCGAAGAAACUGCAUCAGCACAGUGGUUUCAGUAAACUCUGGACAUUUGAAGUGUUUUAGUCAGACCUUUGUGUCUUGAGGAUGAGCAGGAGGAGGAGGGAUGUUUUCUUAACAGUACAUGAGGAAAAACAGUGGGUUCUGGUCUGGCAGAUGACAAACGGUGGUGUUUCUUCUUCUUGUGCUUGGGAGCCAGCAUAUGUUACCAUGUUAAUGAGGUGUAAUGGUGGGAAUCCAGCAUGCUGACAUAUGGUUCUCAGAUGACUCCUUUAAUGAUAUUCAUUUGUGCCGUCGUUAUUCACAGAGUUGUUUACCUCGUGUUAGGUCAACAUGUCACUGGCUCGUGAUUAUGUCACAUCAUCUGUCUCAAUUAUCCAAUAUGAAACAAAACCCAGCAUCUCACAGUAGGACUGAAGGGUCCAAUCAGAGAGCGGGGUGACGGGAAUAAGGAAUAAGAGCAGAGGCGAAGACGUGACGUCAAGAUACUGCUUCUUUAUUCCCGUUCUGCUCUUUCCUCCAGAGGACUUUUGCCGUUAAAAAGUUAGGCAACACAAAAAUAGACUCGUGGAUUGUGAUGCCCAUUAUGACAAUAUAAUGUGUUGUUGAUCCUGUCUGCACAUAUAGGGGGGACAGCGCACUUAAUUAGGGCCUUGACAAGCCUACUCUCCUAAAGUGAUGAGAUUAAUCAUAAUUGGUGUCACUGUGAAUUAGAGCCCGCUUGGAUGACCGCCCCACUGGCAGGUCGGACCGCGGUGGAGACCCUUGGACACUGCUGCUAGCCGCAGCUAAGCCCUCUCUCCCUCUCUCUUUCUGCCCAGCUAUCUCAGGCCCCUCUCUUUCGCUUUGCCCUCCCUGGGUAAGAGGGGCGCAGAUCUCAGCCAACAGCCUAAUGACCCCGUUUGAAGUCCUUCUAAAUCCCUCCCGACCCUGCCCGUUACCCAUGACCCCUCUCCUAAGACGGUUCGGGGUUAAAGAGGGACAGGCAGGUUGACGUUAAGAUAGGCUGAGGAGGGGGGACUUGCUUAGGCCACUCAUGGGGGGUUGGGGGGUGGAGUUUAGGUAGACUUCAUAGUAGGUGAACUCACUUUAACAUGUUUAAGUGAAGAAUCAGAGGUUUUCUCUCUCUGUGGUGUAAACAGCUGUUUUGUAAUCAUUCCCGCCCUCUUUCUCUGCGUGUGCUGAUGUUUUUAGGUUCCAAAAGGCCACGUAUGGCUAGAAGGAGAUAACCUCAGGAAUUCCACUGACUCAAGGAGCUAUGGCCCAGUUCCCUAUGCCCUCAUCCGAGGGCGGGUUUGCUUAAAGGUAAGAGAGGAGGUGCACUGUAUCUGCUCAUGUAUAAGAAAUGUCUUAAUGGCAAAAUCAGGAUCUAGUUUCAAGAAACCCCUCAUGAAUUGACUGUUAUAGUGUGAGAUGUAAACCUCCUUGUCAAUCAAUCAAUGAUACUUUUCCCUGAUUGGGUUUUUGAUUAGUUCCUUCUGGCCACUUGACGCCUAAUCCAGCGACGUGAGUCAGUUAGAAGUUCAAAGCAAGUGUGUCUGAUUGACCAAAGCCGGGACAACAUAUUGUCUAGCUUUCCAUUCUGCUGUGUUGUCAUGUCACUGGAUGUCAUAGCAACCACGACCCUGGAAAACAGGUCAGGCAACCUUCUGUCCAUCUGAUUGGACAGCGGCACUCCACUGGAGGCCCUACUACCACAGCUGAUGAAAUAACAAGAUCAGCAGACACAUCCUUAAACCACACAUUAGCAAAUGUGUGCGAUUAGUGUGAUUAAACAACGCACACUCUGCUUUUAUUGUCUUUAUUAUUCAAGUCUAAUCUCUUUCUAACUCUCCACUUUUUGUGUCCUGCACAGCUCUGGCCACCGCACAGCUUUGGGACCCUCAGUGAGAGUCCCAGCAGACAGAUCAUUAAAGCUCAGAGUGACUCAGACUCUGAUUGACUCAUUUUGUUUUUUACUGUAUGAAACUUUUUUCAAUAAAGCUGAUAUUUAUCCAAA